AUGUCGAGUAAGGCGCGGGAACUACUCGAGCGACUUGCUCAAAUUGUAAUUGUGGCCAAGUGCAAGUGCGCUUUACAAAGGUACUUUAACACAAAAGAAUAUCUUGUAAACAGACAGUUUCAGAUCAAAGUCAAUGACUCAUGUGAACUGUUUGUACAUUGACACGUGGAUUGUGGAAGAGCUCAUCGAAUCUGUCCAGUUGGCUAGGCUGUUCGUGUUGUCACCGUCAUUUGGUUUAGUUCUGUUUAGGUUUUCAGAGAAAUCGAUUCUUCGGAGAAUUCAGUGAUGUACACAGAGAGUUUAGAUAGUUUGAAAUGA